GUAAUAAUAAAAUAAGUGCAAUUGGUGUAUCAGGCUUAGGUUCUGUUUUACCAAACUUGACUAAUCUCUCAAAUUUGACACUUAAUCUAAUUAGCAAUUUAAUUGGUCCAUAAGGUACAUCAAGCUUAGGUUCUAGUUUAGGAAAGUGCACUAAUCUCUCAAAUUUGACACUUUAUCUUGAUGACGAUUAAAUUCGUGAUGAAGGUAUAGUAGACUUAUGCUCUGGUUUAGGAAAAUGCACUAAACUCUCAAAUUUAACACUUAUAUUUGAGUCCUAUUUUAUUAAUUAUGAAUAUACUAAAGGCUUAAGUUCUGGUUUAAGAAAGUGCACUAAUAUCUAAAAUUUAACACUUAAUUUUAAAAAUAGAUGGACUCAAAUGAAGAAUUAAAAGUAAUUGAAAACAGAGUGCCUCAAAUCAAAAAGAUUAGUCGUCUUAUAAAUAACAUAUAAUAAAAUUUUGUGA